AUGAAACCUUUUCAUACCAUAUCUUCCUAUUUCCUAUCUCUAUCUCCCUCAUUUUCAACCUCUAUUUUUCUACCCUCCCUCGUUUUCUUUCUUAACCUCCCUCGUUUUCUUCCUCCUGAUUUUCCACUUUCUACCUCUACUUUUUCUACCUCCCUCGUUUUCUUCCUACCUCUCUUUUUAUUUCCACUUUCUUUCUACCUCUACUUUUCUACCCUCCCUCGUUUUCUUCCUACCUCUCUUUUUAUUUCCACUUUCUUUCUACCUCUACUUUUCUACCCUCCCUCGUUUUCUUUCUACCUCUACUUUUCUACCCUCCCUCGUUUUCUUUCUACCUCUACUUUUCUACCCUCCCUCGUUUUCUUCCUACCUCUCUUUUUAUUUCCACUUUCUUUCUACCUCUACUUUUCUACCCUCCCUCGUUUUCUUCCUACCUCUCUUUUUAUUUCCACUUUCUUUCUUUCUAUAUUUUCUAUCCUUCUACAUUGUAUACCAUAUUUAUUAAUUUAG